AUGGCUUCACAUACCACCAAGCAAAGCGUCCGCAGCCUACAACACUAUUGUGCAAUAACUGCAACUAAACACCACACAUACUCUACACACACGCUGCCAGUGCCUAGCCGUCUUCAACCCACCAACAAUAUAAGCAGCAACAAACUGUUGCUACGUUUACGUCCCAGCCGCCAGGCGCUGCGCCUCACACUACAUGCGACCGUCCUUGUGCUACUCGCUCUCUUGCUCACCACUUGGAUAGCACAGGCCUCAGCUGCCGUCGCUGUCGCUGUUGUUUCACCAGCGCGAUACGAAACGCCACCACAUAACAAUCCUAUACACACAACGUCGCAUAGCGACGCUGGUGCAGCCUUCAAUCCAGCCGCUGCCGAUGAGCCGCUAUUGAGCAACAACGGUGAUAUUUUCAACUCUAGCUCAUUUUAUUCUUCCGUGAUCUCUGCUUCCGAUAUCUCGAUCAGUAUCGGUGCGACAGGACCCAAUAAUGGCACUGGAGUGUUUAGCGUUAGCAACAACAGUAUUAGCCCGAGCUAUGUGGUCGAGGGUGGCGCUGAUAGCUCGAGCGGCUCAGGCGGCGGCGGCGGCAGCGCAAGUGCUGCACUCAUUACGACCAGCAGCAUUUGGGAUCCCACGGUGGGCGCAUUCCCCACCGACGUUAGCAUCAUACCACCGCCACCGAAGGAGGGGUCGAACGAAAACGAAAAAGUGUUCGAUGAACUUGAGCUGCCACCCGUGCAUGCAAUUGUCGUCAGCAUUGUGCUAUUACUUAUCAUCAUCGGCACAGUUAUCGGCAAUGUGCUCGUCUGCAUCGCUGUGUGCAUGGUGCGCAAGCUGCGACGCCCCUGCAACUAUCUGCUCGUCUCGUUGGCCCUCUCUGAUCUGUGUGUCGCGCUGUUGGUCAUGCCGAUGGCAAUGCUAUACGAGGUACUGGACAAAUGGAAUUUCGGACGUAUACUCUGUGACGUGUGGGUCUCGUUCGAUGUGCUCUGCUGCACUGCCUCCAUAUUGAACUUGUGUGCCAUCUCCGUGGAUCGUUAUUUGGCCAUAACUAAGCCGCUCGAGUAUGGCGUAAAGCGCACACCGCGUCGCAUGAUGGCUUGUGUGGCUUUGGUGUGGCUAGUGGCGGCGAGUAUUUCAUUGCCUCCACUGCUCAUACUUGGCAACGAGCAUGUGGACGAACAUGGCACGCCCAUUUGUAUUGUCUGCCAAAAUUUUGGAUAUCAAAUCUAUGCCACGCUCGGUUCUUUCUACAUCCCGCUCUCUGUAAUGCUCUUCGUUUACUAUCAAAUAUUUCGCGCAGCGCGUCGCAUCGUGCUGGAGGAGAAGCGUGCACAAACACAUUUGCAGCAUGCGCUCAAUGGUACCGGCUCGCCGCCAGGCAAUACUGAUCUGACUGUGGUCGGAAGCGGCAAUGGGCAGCGCCACAGCAGCUAUGGCAACACAUCGCUCACAUAUUCCACUUGCGGUGGCCUGAGUGCACAUCACACCAGCGGCAGUGGGGCCGGUGUGAGCGGCUCUAGUGGACUGCUCGGUUCACCGCAUCAUAAGAAGCUGCGCUUUCAGCUAGCCAAAGAAAAAAAGGCUUCCACCACGUUGGGCAUCAUAAUGUCCGCGUUCACCAUAUGCUGGCUGCCAUUUUUCAUACUCGCGCUUAUACGACCGUUUGUCGAGUCGGAAACGGUGCAUGUACCGCACUCACUCUCUUCGCUGUUCCUAUGGCUGGGCUAUGCCAACUCACUGCUCAAUCCCAUCAUCUACGCCACGCUGAAUCGGGACUUCCGCAAACCAUUUCAAGAGAUACUCUAUUUCCGGUGCUCUAGUCUUAAUACAAUGAUGCGUGAAAACUACUAUCAGGAUCAGUAUGGCGAGCCGCCAUCGCAGCGUGUGAUGUUGGGCGAAGAGCGGCAUGGCGCGCGGGAGAGUUUCCUCUGAAAUUAGGCUGCUCAUGGGCAGCCAUCUAGUGCAGAAAGGUUUGAGUGGCAAGGCUACUAGACCGUGGUGGGUUAAAUAUGUAAAAAAAAAAUUAAUACGUUUUUUGUGUGUGCGUAGGUGUAGUUGAAUUUUCAUUGUUUCAAUGCGUUUUCAAGCAAUUCCAAGUGUUUCAAUGCGACAACUCAAAUGUACUAAAUAUGAGGCAUAUACUUUAUUGUAGACCAAAUAAAGCUCAUAAACCAAAAACAAAAUUAACAAAUGCGGAUACACAGCUGCAGUGGGUGCAUCUGUGUGAAUAGAGUUACUAAAUACUAAAUAUAUUACAUACAUAUAUGUAUGUAGUAGCUGCAAGUGAGUUAUGUAAAUAC